AUGGUUUUACAAGGAAUCAAUAGGCUGACAACUUGUUGCCGUAUGCUUAAAAUGGCAGGAAAGCUACGAAUAGGCAAUUACUAUUCGCCAUCUAUGCUAUUCUCCAGCCGAUAUAGGCAGAUUUUUAGAUCUUGGUCUUCAUUUAGUUUGGUACAACCUAAACAAGUAUCUCCAGCUCAGCCUGUCCCACAAGGUAUACCGUUGCCUCCAUACGCUUUAACAGGCGUAGUCCCUCCGUCACCUAUCACUAUUGAAAUUAAAAAUGAAGACCAGAUUGACGCCAUGAAGAGAUCUUGUCAAUUGGCAUACCGAAUUUUAGAUUCUGUUAAAAACUACAUUAAGGUUGGGAUGACAACCGAAGAUAUUGAUCAGUUCGUUCACGAUAACAUAAUCCAACAUGGUGCUUAUCCAUCACCUCUCAACUACAAUGGUUACCCAAAAUCAGUAUGCACUUCAGUCAACAACGUUGCUUGUCAUGGAAUUCCCGAUAGCCGUCCACUGGAAGAUGGAGACAUCAUCAACGUUGAUAUUUCUGUCUAUUAUAAUGGUUAUCACGGCGAUACCUCUGAUACAUUUUUAUUAGGCAACGUAGAUGAAACAGGCCAACAACUCGUUGAAACUGCCAAACUUUGCCUUCAACAAGCAAUUGAUAUUUGUGGGCCGAAUGUACCCUUCCGCAAUAUUGGCAAAACGAUUAGCAACUUGGCGCGUGCGGCCGGCUUUACUGUGAAUAAAAUGUUUCUUGGCCAUGGAAUUGGAUCAUAUUUUCAUGGACCCCCUCAUAUCUAUCAUUAUCGUAAUUGGCAAAUGGGACAUAUGCGACCUGGAAUGACCUUUACAAUAGAGCCGGUCAUUUGUGAAGGAACACCUGACGCAGAAAUUCUUGAAGACGGAUGGACUGCAAUAUCAACAGACAAUAAAAGAAGUGCACAAUGCGAACAUACGGUUCUUAUCACUUCACAAGGCGUCGAAAUUUUAACGAGGCCGUAA